AGUUAUAAUUCAGUCCCUUAUAUGCAUCAGCGCUGUUUUUUUUUACAUUCAUUGACACUGAUUCCCCCACAUACGUCUCAUACGUGGCUUACACAAAAUAAAUAUUUUUGUUCAUUGGCUUCUUAGACGACUUCAACCGGAUCUGCCGUGUGCAGUAUCCCACCUCCUUCAAAGAUAAAAUACAAAAUAAGAGAGAGGUGGGUAAAUAAACCAAUAAAUAAACUUCUCCUCCUCUACAUGGAAAAGAACUAAGUCUAUUUUCAUGAAACAAUGCAAACAGAGCGCAGAAAGGGGGCAACUAAUUAAUGGUGCACCCCCGCGCCAAAAAAAGCACCAAAGCGCAAAGAAAGAAAAAUUGCCUCAAGGGUUAAUUCUGCCGCGAGGUUGUGUGAACAGUGGGAGGUUGGGGUGGAGUUACAUUUCUGCACUUCAUAAAGGAAGAGCUUGGAAAACGACACUUUGUGUCGGAAAAUUAAGUGGAGGCCGCUGGUGGAGAGGAAAAACAGCUUGCUGUAAGUUUGCGUCUUUCGCUUCCCCGAUACACUGUGAAAAGCCGCACUUAAUUCUCUUUAAAAGCUGAACUUUAAGCGGGCUAAGCAUUAAACUAGCCGGCGGUGCAUAUAAAGUCACAAGGGAACAAAGAUAACGAUAGAAGAGAUAAAAAAAAAAAAAAAGCAAUCGGAACAAGUUCGGCAGGUUCAUCUUUCAGCAAGAAAGAGCGAAAAGUCUUUGAAAUCAAGAGAAGAAAUACUUUGAAGCGAAGGAUGACAACAAAUCUAACAGGCUUCUACAAGAUGGUCUCUCAGGAGAAUAUGGAUGCUUACCUACAAGCACUAGAUAUCAAUAUUGCUUUGCGAAAGAUAGUUUGCCUACUGAAGCCCAACAAAGAGAUUAUCCAUGACCCUGAUACUGGUCACAUGAUCAUCCGUACUCUCACCACCUUUCGCAACUUCAAUAUGGACUUCACCCUCGGACAGGAGUUUUCGGAGGACCUCGGCCCUGUGGAUGGACGGAUGUGUCAGACCACAGUGGACUGGGAAGGGAACAAACUGGUGUGUGUGCAGAAGGGAGAGAAGGAGAACAGGGGAUGGACUCACUGGCUGGAAGGGGAUCUGCUGCACCUGGAGAUGAGGGUCCAAGAUGUGGUUGCCAAGCAGGUGUUCAGGAAGGUGCAGUAGGGGGUGCUGUCACAGGGAGGGACUUGGGGACAGGCAGUAAGACUGAUGCUGUACGCUGCCAUGAGCCAUGUAUAACAUUCAGAGCCUAUUAAGGCUCUUCAGAUUGCUAGCAGUUAAAUGGCCUGAUUUCCAUACUUUAAUACAUUAGUCUUUAUAGGCCAUUUGGGAUAUUUCAUUUGAAGAAGGUGGCAUUUAGCUGAGUACUUUUGGCAUUUCAUCCUGCUAGAAAAACGUCCUACAUAACAUUGACAGCCUCAUACUUAUUUGCGAGCUUCAUUAAAAAUCUAGUCAUAUCUUAUGUUAAUGGUUUAGCUGAUAUGUUAAACUGGAUCACAUUAUUGUACCUAAUGUUUAAUGUUUCUGUAAUUAAAUUUCACAUUGGUCCUGCUGUAUUCCUUUACUGUACACACACAGUUUUUCCCAAUCCGGUCUUUGGGGACCUCCAGACUGUCCAUGUUUUUGCAUCCUCCCUACUGAGUUGGGAAUCACCGAUCACCUAAUAUUUCAUAGUGUUUUGCAUAGGCAUCACAGUGUUUUUUUGUAUUAAUGCUAAUGCUAUUCAUAAACUUUUCUGAAAAGGUAAAUAUAUAUACAUAUAAAUAAAAGCAGAAGUAUUUCCUGGA